AUUAGGUGUCAUUAUCUUCGCUAUUUGUGCAACGCUGUGGGUGUAAUCUUAAUAAGCCACAGGCGUUUGUGAAUCUUUGAAACCGGUUUUGAGGGAUAAAAACUUUACCGUAUCUUACCUAUAAUCUGUUUAAAAUAACAGGUUUGCCUAGAGUUACUUUACAGGCUUGUUCAAAAGGGCACAUGGAAUUGAUUAGAGAGAGCUCAGUAACGUUUGGGAAUGUAUUGGAUAAAACGUGAUAAACGUGCAAAUGUUUUUAUUUAAAAAAAAUAUUUUAUAUUUGUUUAGUGGGCUGCUUUGGGGAUGCAUGCAGACACUCUCAACCUUUAAUCAUGAUACUAAAAAGGGCAGAUUGUAAUCAAACUGGCGAUGAGCCUUAUAAUAGACUUACUCAAGGACGUCCAAGAAGCAGAAAUGAACCAAUUCAGCACUUUUGUGCCAGCAUUAUACACAAUAACUCACAUAUCCUAACACACAAACAAACACACACACAAAUGCGCUGACGGUGCCUGGACGCGGCGAGUUGACAACCAGAGAGGAGUGCCGCGUGCUAAGCUCAUGACGCGAAGAAAGGGUGGAGGGGCGCGUGGUGUCACCGUGGGAACCGACAGGCUGAAGGGCGGACUCACUGAACAAGAGAGAGAGAGUCGGAGAAGAGUGCUCUCAGUCUCACACGCACCAACUCAUUCACAAGCAUUUGCUGGAGGAGUACAGGCUACUCCGUUGCGCACGCAAAAUCUGGAAGGACAUUUCAGGCUCUUUUCAGAAUUUGGAGUCUUUUCUCUUUUCACUCUGUGGGACAUUAAUAAGAGUAGCACUUAAUUGGAUCGCCUUUCCAUUGGCCGAUGGUAAUCGGUGGUCCAGUUCGUAUACCCAGCAGACUCCGACGGACGGUCGCGGGCUACCGACCGGGUGAUGGCGAGUCAGGGUAGCCGGUGCAAGAUCGUGGUAGUCGGGGACACACAAUGUGGAAAGACUGCUUUGUUACAUGUGUUUGCAAAGGAUUGCUAUCCCGAGAAUUAUGUCCCCACUGUGUUUGAAAACUACACCGCGAGUUUUGAGAUUGACAAACAGAGAAUCGAACUAAACAUGUGGGAUACGUCAGGUUCCUCGUACUAUGAUAAUGUGCGUCCGCUGGCGUACCCUGAUUCGGAUGCCGUGCUCAUCUGCUUCGACAUCAGCCGACCGGAGACUCUGGACAGCGUGCUCAAGAAGUGGCAGGCGGAGACACAGGAGUUCUGUCCCAGUGCCAAGCUGGUGCUGGUGGGCUGUAAGCUGGACAUGAGGACAGAUGUGAGCACGCUCAGAGAGCUGUCCAAACAGCGCCUCAUCCCUGUCACACACGAACAAGGCAGUAUGCUGGCGCGUCAGCUCGGAGCGGUGGCGUACACGGAGUGCUCGUCGCGCGUGUGUGAGAACAGCGUGCGGGACGUCUUCCACAUCACCACGCUGGCGUCGGUGCGGCGGACGCACACGCACCCAGUGGCCACGGCCGCCCUCAAGCGCAGCUCCUCGCGGCGCGCCCUCAAACGCAUCUCCCAGCUGCCCCUGCCUCUGCCCGGCACCUCCUCGCAACCACACGAGCCCGCCCCCACGCUACGCAAGGACCGCGCCAAGAGCUGUGUACUGAUGUAGUACACACACACACACACGUGCAAAGAACACUGAUAACUACAUGUAUACAGAGGACAGGCACACAAACACACACUCAAAUAUGUAUACACCAUUCACAAGUGUGGUUUUACCCAUGAACCCACACACUGACGCAUACAAACACAUACACAGAUACACACACACACACACACACACACAUACACAUAUACACACACCAAGUCACCCUUACAGGUGUGCAGUUUGAGUCUGCAGAAGUAUUAUGUGACAUCCCACAGAGCUUUAUUUAUUGCUUUAUGUGUUUGUUUUGUGUUAUUCCUCACACUACUUGUGUAAAUGACUUGUGGACUCGUUGGACUGACCCACAAAUCAUUUCCCCGGACUCUGGGUUUGCAUUUUUCUGGCAUUUAGUUUUUUUCUGGUUUUGUCUCUACUCUCCUCUUUAUUUUCCAAUUGGCAGAGAAUAUCUCUUUUCAAAUUAAACCUCAGGACUUGACAGCAGUGACUACAGGAUGUCAAACCCUGCACUCUGAUUGGUGGCUCCAUAGUUCCCGCUCCCUUUCCCACUGACAGCAGUAGACAUCAGAUGGAAGAAAAGGAGAUUCUAGGGAAGGAGAGGAAAAGACUUCCUGAAGUUUCGCUUGUGUGAUUUUUUUUUUUGUUGCCAAAAUGUUCUGUUGUUGCCUCUAAAAUGUAAUUCAUUUAAAAGGGAUUCAAAAAAAAUAUAUUAUCAAAAGUGACGAGGAGAAGAAAAAGGAAACUUCAAAUUGAGAAAGAUUUAUGAUGUUUCUUUUUUCUGCAGGUCCUUGAAAACCACAAGUGCUUUUCAGAAGAAUUCACUGUACAUAUCAGUUUAACUAUGAAUGCCAUUGAAUGAAUUGUGUUCAGCCUUAGUUCCGUCAAGCUCAGCAGAACACUAUGAUGAAGGGAACCAAGGCUAACGUGUUUGACCACAGAACAGACUUCCUUGUGUGGGAAUAUAAGUGACUCCAACCGUGCUGGUAAUCUCUGGCCCUCUGCUUGAAGGAACUAUUUCAUUUGUUGUGUAAAGAUAUCUAUGGGGGGGGGGGGAGGAAUGGAUGAUUAAAUAUGUAAAAUAUGGUGAUGUUUUAAAUAUGUUUUAUUGUGUUGGAAUUGAAGCACAGUAAAAGAGAGACAAAGUAAGUUAGAGGGCUGGGUGUCUUUUUCCUUCCUUUGGUUUUGUGUUUUGAGCUUAAGUGGUAAACAUGUCAAACUGCGGUCAAAUUUACUGUCAGGUAUCCAGUCUAACAAGUUUGGCUGACACCUUUAGGUUCCACACCCCUUUGUAUACUUUACCCAGCUGUUUAUGUGAAUGAGAACCAGAACUAUUAAUCCACCCAUGUCUGACCACCUCUAGAAAGAACUAAUUAUUGCAACACUAAUCAAACCGCUUUUAAUGAAGGCUGCCUGCACAUCAACUUCCUCCAAGUGCGAUAAGCCUGACGGCCAUUAUAUAUGAGGCCCUUUCCAUUAUAAGGGAGUCACCAGACUCACUCCGACUCACUCCGACUCCGUCUUACUCAGAGUCGGAAAACACAGACGGUGGAACACAGGUUUAACAUCACACACCAGGAUUUCUAAUCCGCACACCAGCAACAACAAACAAAAAAUCAAACACAGACAGCCCUGCAAAUGAUCAUUCGCUUGCUCACCUGAUCAGCUUCCCCUGGGCUAAGGUUUGUUAUCCAGCAGUACCGGGAAGGAUUGGGAAGUUGCACAUUUUGAGAUAACAAAACCUGUGUCAUUAUUGCAAGGAAUAUUCUCCCUGUCCUGUUUCCGUGUUUACUCUACCAUAUAUGCAGAGUUUAUAUAUACAUAUUCAAUACAACGUAUAUUUUUAGAUGUUUACAAACACUGAUGAACCGUACAUUUAUAAAUACAAAUUAAUUAAUCUUCCAUUGUUUGCUGCACUCUACGUGAGCGGAAUGCAGCCUUGGUUUGACUCACUGCCACAGUCACCAUCCUUUGUUUCUGACGUCACGAUAUCACUCCAAACCCCAACGGAGAAUAGACUGUUUCUGGGCAAGUGCCUUUCUGCUGCUAUUGGUGGGAGCAGCAGCAUAGCAAGCAACCAAAUAAGAGAAGGAAUAUGGGCACCAGGCUUGGGCGGGUUCUGGGCUUGAGCUUGCUCUCCACCUACGGCAGUGGCCAAACAUUUGCAGUCUGGACGCAGCAUGGGACUCAUCAAUGUUUUUGGGGGAAGCUUAAGAAAAACUGCACA